UGCCAGUUUGCCAUCCUAUCAAGCACCAAACUUUAGGCCCUACCCUACUACUUGCAUAUCUUUGCUUUCCUUUCUCUCUCUCUCUCUCUCUCUCUCUCUUCUCUUUCAAGCCCUUCUCAAUUCUCUCUCUCUGAAGCAUUCCUUCUCAUCCUCUUCUCUCUCUAGGUUGAAUUCAAUGGCUACAGAAGGAAAGCCAGAAGCAAAAACUGAACCAAAACCAACAGAAACUAAUAAAGAAACAGUAGCAGCAGAAGAAAAUCAAGAACCACCUCUCAAGUACAAGACAUGGGUCUUGAAAGUGUCAAUCCAUUGUGAAGGCUGCAAAAGGAAAGUGAAGAAAAUCUUAACAAACAUUGAUGGUGUUUACGCUACAGAAAUUGAUUUAAGACAACAAAAGGUGACAGUAAUUGGAAAUGUAGACGGAGGAACUUUGAUCAAGAAGCUAGUAAAGGCAGGGAAACAUGCAGAGCUAUGGCCUGAAAAAGCUGACAGCAAAGAGAAAAAGAAAGGAAAAUCAAAGAACAAAAAUAAAGAUAAAAAAGAAAAAGAUAAACAAAGCGACCAAGAAAGCGGUGAAGAAGGUGGUGAUAAAAAAGAGAAAGAAACUGUCAAAACUGAGGUAGUAAUUAUUCAAGACCCAUCUAGAGUAGCAAGUGAGAAUGCAAACACCAGUAAAAACAACACCGAGUUCGUUCAUGUUUGCAAGCCAACAGAUGGAGGCGGUGCCACCCCUAAACCAGGUGUUCAAUUCAAGGAGGUGAAGCUUGAGGUUAAGCAACCUGUUAACCCACCAGCGGGUAGCCAGUCGCCGGUGGCUGACAAGAAAGGCUGCAGCGAAAGCGAGGGUAAUCCUGAGAAAAAUGGAAGCGGCGGUAGCAGUGGCAGUGCCAGUGGAGGUAAAAAGAAGAAAAAGAAGGGGCAUAAAGGAAAUAAUAAUAAUAAUAAUAACAAUGGCGAUGAGGGUGAACAUUCUUGUGAUGCACCAGCAGGCAUCGGAUCACCUAGUCAUGGUCAUGGUCCUGGUCAAGGUCAUGGUCAAGGUCCUGCUCCAUAUCCUGCCAAUCACAGCCCUCCACCACACCCUAUGUACCAGUACCCACCACAUUACUAUGCACCUCCUCCUGUAUACACAGUCAGUUACAAUGCAAUGCAGUCCAGUGCAAGCUACGGUGCAUCCGUUUAUCCUCCAUCGUCUUCGUACGUGUAUAUGCAUCCGGGGAUGGCAGCAAGCGAACCUCCACCAUCUGAUUCGGACUCGUAUCCAUCACAACCGUCAGAUUCAUUCGAGAUAUUCAGUGAUGAAAAUCCUAAUGCAUGCUCAAUUAUGUGAAAAUUUGGUAACCAAAGUAUGGCACUGGCAAAAUGGGACUUGUACUACUUGUAUAAGCAAGUCUGGAUGGUACAAUUUUUGUAAUGUAUGUAGAUAUUAUAUGAAUGGUAAGAAAAUUGUAAUAGGCAGGGAAAAUAAAAGAGGCAAUAGGGUUUUGGGUGUUGGGUCUUUUUCCCUUUAGUGGAGUUAUGUGUUUUAGCUUUCCUUUUUCCUUUUUUACUGUAUUAAGGCUGGUUCAGAAAAAAGCUUUGUAAUGCCAUAGCUUAGCUGUUAGCAGGAGGUCCAUCCUUCUUGUCUCUUUUUAAUUUCUCUUAUGUGUAAAGUAUAUCUUGGGAUUUGGGA